AUGGCCGUGACGGGGCAAAAGGAGCGCAAGCUCGCAUCGCAGGGUUCCAUGUCGUCGUCGGCGGCGUCGUCGUCUUCUGGCGGGUCGAACGUCCACGAUUCCUUGCCCCUGCCUGUUCCUGUUCCCGUUCCACGACUGUCCCCGCCUCCCACGGCUUCUGGGCGACCGUCAGGUUCUAGAGAGAUGGCUCGUCCGGUUGAGAGCCUGCCUCGGCUUCAGAUCCCACCGCCACCGCCUAUCCCUGAGGAUCCUUCCCCUUCUCCUCCGCAGCCACCGCCAAAGAGUCCGUUGAGCCCGCUGCUGGCGAGGGCUCGGUCGAAGAGGAGGACCAUCAUGUCUAGGGUGGAAGGCUGGUGGGAUCUGGGGUUGCUGGACAGACGGCAAACACUGUUUGGUAAAAAGGGUUGA